CCUCUUCCUCUCAGUGCUGCGUGAACUGAAGCGAACUCCUUUAGUAGGAGAAGUAAGCAGACGCGCGACGGCCGGAGACCUGCUACUACGGGACUACUUAGUCGUCGCAUGCCGAGGCGGCUACACAGAGACGGAGAUAGAGGAGGCGGCGGUGGUGGCUGCAUUGUGCUGAGGAGGAGGAGAGGAGACGGUCAGGCUUGUGUUAGAAGGGAAGCUGAGUGACACGCCGUGUGUGUGUGUGUGUGUGAGAGGAAGAGAGAGCGGCUCAGCACGUCCUAUGCCCUCCUGUGUACAGUGCAGCCCGUCGUGUGUGUGAGGCUCGGAGUGUGAGGCUCGGAGAAGCUUCCAGACUUCCUCGGGGGCCGCUGCGUGCUGUGAAGGAGAAGCCAGGGGGUGAAGUGUUGCUUGUGGGGAGAGCCCUCCCCCCUCUUAUGUAUUCGGACACCCCGGGGGCGGAAUAACGAACAAGUCCCUCAUCUUCUACAUUUGUCACUUUUUUUAGCAGUUUUCCCCCCUUUCUCCUUCAUUUUUGUAGCACCAAAGACAGAGCCUAGAGCCUCCUUUCUUCUUCUUUUUUGUAUUUUUGUUGUUUUCGGAAAGCUUGGAUAAUGGUGGGGGAAAUGGAAACAAAGGAGAAGCCGAAGCCGACCCCAGACUAUCUCAUGCAACUCAUGAACGAUAAGAAGCUGAUGAGCAGUCUGCCCAACUUCUGCGGGAUAUUUAACCACCUGGAAAGACUUCUGGAUGAAGAGAUCAGCAGAGUGCGAAAGGAUAUGUACAAUGAUACAAUGAAUGGUAGCAACAAUGACAAGAGAAGUUCAGAACUGCCAGAUGGUAUUGGACCUAUUGUGCAGUUACAAGAAAAACUUUAUGUGCCUGUGAAAGAAUACCCUGACUUCAAUUUCGUUGGGCGUAUUCUGGGUCCCAGAGGACUAACUGCAAAGCAGUUGGAAGCAGAAACUGGGUGUAAGAUCAUGGUUCGAGGAAAAGGCUCCAUGAGGGAUAAGAAGAAGGCAGUCACCAACAUACUAGAAUGCAGUAUGUUGGCUUUAAACAAGGAGGAACAGAAUAGAGGAAAGCCAAACUGGGAGCACCUGAAUGAAGACUUGCACGUACUAAUAACAGUGGAAGAUUCCCAGAAUAGAGCAGAACUUAAGUUAAGAAGAGCGGUGGAAGAAGUGAAAAAGUUACUGGUUCCAGCAGCGGAAGGUGAAGACAGUUUAAAAAAGAUGCAGUUGAUGGAACUGGCCAUCCUAAAUGGCACCUACAGGGACGCUAACUUAAAAUCACCAGCCCUUGCCUUUUCUCUUGCAGCGACAGGUCAGGCCCCACGGAUUAUCACUGGGCCUGCGCCUGUUCUGCCACAAGCUGGUCUGCGUACACCUACGCCAGCUGGCCCUACCUUAAUGCCUUUGAUCAGACAAAUACAGACAGCCGCUUGCAUGCCAAAUGGAUCCCCUCAUCCUACUGCAACACUAGUCCAACAAGGUCCGGAAGCUGGCUUGAUCUACACACCAUAUGACUAUCCUUAUACCUUUUCUCCAGCAACAUCAAUUCUCGAGUAUCCCAUUGAAACAAGUGGUGUUUUAGGUUCGCGAAUACCUGGGUGGUUACCCUUGGCAACCAAUUUCUCAGAAAACCACAACUCAUUAUUUUCAAUAUCAUCAUCAGGAUCUCUUGUCCCAUUGCUUGCUAGGACAGUGUCUGAGGAGGGACCACAUACAGGUGCGGUGGCAACUAAAGUGCGAAGGCAUGAUAUGCGGGUCCAUCCUUACCAAAGGAUUGUGACCGCAGACAGAGCCGCCACCGGCAACUAACCUAUGACCUUCUGACCUCUGAAUUCUUCACCCAAUGAUGACCUGACCAUGCCUGCCUGCUGAUCAGUUAACUGGUAAUCGCCUCUGCUUGUCUGUCUUCAGUGCAGCGAGCUGAGGCAUUUGUCCGUUCGUCUUACCAUCUAACAAGACACACAGAGAAAUAGUUUUCUUCCAACUCCUUUUUUUUGUUUGUUUUUUGUUUUCAUCCCCUGAUUGGGUGAAAGUGAUUCUAGAACCUGCACUGAAUAAUAGAAAAGCAAUAAGGUCCAUUUCAGCCCUCCGCACUGAUCAUAUUUUAGUGUCCUAACCAAACGAACGGUCUAAGAGCUUCACCUAGAGUACUGGCAAGACAUCUGAUCCUCAACUACCAAUGACAGAGGCAGUUACUGUGAGAAACUUUUAAGGAACUUUAUUUUGUCUUUUCUCUUGUAUUGUGAAGUAAGAAGCUGAAUGUACUGUGUUGUGAUGAUGCAUCAUGCAUGAACCUGAUUGGUCAGGGAUUUCACUGGUGAAGUUAAUUACAUAUUUAAGAAAAUUAUUAAAAAUAUAAAUUAGUAUUUAGUCACUACAGUGGCCCUCCCAGGGUCAAAACAUUGCAAUCUGUUCUCUUUGUAAUAUUGCCUGCCAAAUUUGUUACAUUGAUAAGGGUGCCAUGAAAAAAAUUAUAAUAUUUUAACCUUUUAAAAUUAUACCACAACACUGGUAUACAAAAACUGUUGUGAUGCAAUUAGCAAAGCAUUACUUUUAAAAGCCUCAAGUAAUAUUACAUUGGUAUAAGGUACAUGCAUUAUGUAUCACGUUACUGGGCAAACUGUUCAAGUAUUUGUUUUUAGACCUCCCUGUAUAGAAAAAAACAUUAAGGAUGUAAAAGCCAUGCUUGCCUAUUGCUAUAUAAUUGUAAUGAAAUUGUAGAUAUAAGUGUAGUGCAUUGAAAAAAAAUGAACAAAAUUAGAUACUUUUACUAUACAAGGGUGCUGGUGCAGAAAAAAAUAUAUUUUUGGAAAUGUAGCAUUUUAUACUUUCAAGUGUUAUAAAAAACAAAAUAGGAAAAAAAAAAAAAAGAAAGAAAACCCUUUAUUGCAUUGAAUGAUUUUUGGUGGUAGUCAAGGAAUAAGACCAAAAAGAGCCUUUUGUCGUUUUUUUUUUUUCUCCAACUUUUUGUUCUUUUUAUUUUCAGCAUUGGUAUAAGUUGAUUGAAACAAGUGCCUUAUUUUACUCCAUGAUCAUUUAGUCCAGUGUCUUGUAUUUUUUUUUUUUUUUAAUUCAGGGUCAAGGGGAUCUGUAGUUUUUUGCCAAGCACGUUUUAAGAGGCCACAUCUAAUUUUGUGAGCACUUUGAGACAUUCUAACAUUUAAUCUUGCAAGUCAGUCGCCCAGUAUAGUAUGUAUUAACUAUAAAGACAUUCUGUAACAGAUGCUGCGCUUUGCCAAGAUGAUUUUAAGUAAACAUUUUUAUUUUCCACUUAGGAGAUGUCAAAUUUUGUAUGAACAUGUGUCCACCUAUUCGGAUAAAUUUUAUAAUUUACUUUUCAAUAGUUUAGCCAUGGCACUUGAGUGCAUUUAAAAAAAUAAUAAUUAUUUGGCAAAAACCUAGCACAUUUCGAUCACCUUAUCAACUUUUAUGUUCUGUUUCUUAUGGAAACUCUGGUAAAGGUCAAGCGGUAAAUCUAAAAUGUUUAGAUUUCAAAACCUCUUUUGUGGUGACCUCAUGCUUUUUUGUCACACUGAAGCAAAUUAAUAAUUAUAAUUUACUAUGCAACAGACAUUCAUUUUAUUCUAUUCUAUUCUAAAGCUAGCUUUUAUUUAACUUGCCACCAGCUUUUGUCUUCCUGGUCAUUUUUAUUCUAUAUUGUUUUGUUUAAUUAUAUCAGAUUUCAUCCCUUUGCUGGGAACUGUUUGAACAAUUUUGCGACACUUGCGCAUUUAGAGAGAUCAGCUAGUUUUAAAAUCAGUAUUUGAUCCAGUUUCAUCUCAAGCUGCAAUAAACCUGGAUAUUUUUUUUUUUUAUUAUUAUUUUUUUUUUUUUUUUUAUGGUGGUUAAGGUGUAAGUCUAUUAAAUAGAUAUGUGACACUUAACUUGUGAGUGCUAUGAACAAACAAAUGGGUCAACAUUAAAAAAAAAAAAGCAUGACUUAUGAAAUCUCCAAAUGCCUUGGAUUUCAGUAUUAUACAUUUUUUUAUGUUUUUACUCUUAUUGGGUAGUUUUCAGUCUUUAGUUUUUCCUUUUGACAGUAUUAUCUAUAUUUUUUUUUUUUUUUUUUUUUUAGAAUGAUUAGAUGAGUGUCGCUGAUAUGUAACCAUACAGAUUAUUUGUCUUUUCUUUAUUUCCUUAGUAGUUUCAUGCUAUGUAUGUAUCAUGCCAACCUAUUGCCUAAAAGAACCUGUAAAAUAAUGUAUUUACAGCCAUUGUUACAAGUUUAUAAUGUAUUUUUCUAUCUUGUUUUAUAUGUAUGUUAUAUAACAUUCAAAAGGAGUUUUUCCUGGUUGAGAAAAAGGAUACAAAAAUGUAAACCCACGAUUUUGAUAACUAAAACGAUGCCAAUUGUUUUGCAGUACUUUAUUAUAUCGGGAGUGUUGUCUUUCUUGGCUUUUAGUUAGCGACUGGACGACAUUAGACAUAUUGGGUUUUAGUUGGGUUUUUACAUGGCUUGCAUUUUAAUUCUUUGGUUCUUUGCUGUUUCUAUUAACCCCAUAGCAUUAUUUUAAUAAAUGUUAUAAUACCAAGAUACUAA